GUCAAUCGCGUCAGUCGUGUUUUCAAGAAAGUUUUCGCAAAAAGGUGAAAUUGUGCCGAAAAUACGGGACAAAUGCUACUCUAAACAAUGGUGAAUGUUAUGAAAGGAGUUCUUGUUGAAUGCGAUCCGGCUAUGAAACAAUUCCUCCUGCAUCUCGACGAUACUUUGGCUCUGGGACGCAAGUUCAUCAUUCAAGAUCUCGACGAGAAGCACCUCUUCAUCUCCACGGACAUUGUGGAAAUCCUGCAAGCCAAAGUGGACGAUUUGAUGGAUCAGAUGAGCUUCCCUUUACACGACAAGACCAAUUAA